CUAGAACCAUCUUUAAUCUAGAAGUCACCAACUAUAUCGCCCACUGUUAUUAGCAACACCACCGCCCCCAAAACCCUAUUCUUCCAAAUCUCCGGCGACUUUACGACCGACGGCCAUGGACGCCGCUAAACUUGAACAACUGAAGCUCUUUAUCAGCCGCUGCCAGUCCGAUCCUUCCAUUCUCAGUGAUCCUUCUCUCUCCUUCUUCCGCGACUAUCUUGAAAGUCUUGGAGCUAAACUUCCGGCAUCUGCUUACAAGACUGAAUCGCAAUCGAAAUCAUAUGUUGUGGAAGAGAGUGAUGAAGAAGUUGAACAUCCUCAAGAAGAAGAAGAAGAAGAGGAUGAGAUAGUAGAAUCUGACAUUGAAUUUGAAGGUGAAACUGUGGAACCUGAUAAUGAUCCUCCACAAAAGAUGGGAGAUUCUUCAGUGGAGGUCUCUGAAGAAAACCGUGAUGCUUCCCAAGAGGCAAAAGCAAAGGCAAUGGAAGCAAUUUCGGAUGGUAAGCUAGAGGAAGCAAUCGAGCAUCUCACGGAGGCAAUAUUGCUUAACCCUACUUCUGCUAUCAUGUAUGCAACUAGAGCUUCUGUAUAUAUCAAAAUGAAGAAACCAAAUGCCGCCAUCCGGGAUGCUGAUGCUGCUCUAAAGAUAAAUCCAGAUUCUGCUAAAGGCUACAAAUCACGUGGAAUUGCACGAUCGAUGCUUGGCCAAUGGGAAGAGGCUGCAAAGGAUCUUCAUGUAGCAUCAAAUAUUGAUUUUGAUGAAGAAAUAAGUUCUAUCCUUAAGAAGGUUGAACCAAACGCACACAAAAUUAUCGAACAUCGUAGGAAAUAUGACAAGCUCAGGAAAGAGCGAGAGGACAGGAAAACAGAACGCGAGAGGCAACGUCGCCGGGCUGAAGCAAAGGCUGCAUACGAGAAGGCUAAAAAGGAAGAAAAAGCGUCUUCAAGUGAAAGACCCGGAGGUAUGCCAGGUGGAUUCCCUGGUGGAAUGCCCGGUGGUUUCCCAGGUGGGUUCCCCGGCGGCAUGCCAGGUGGGUUCCCUGGCGGCAUGCCGGGUGGGUUCCCUGGCGGCAUGCCGGGUGGGUUCCCCGGUGGAAUGCCUGGCGGGUUCCCUGGUGCAGGUGCUGGUGCAGGUGGUGGUAUGCCCGGUGGGUUCCCCGGUGCUGGUGCUGGUGCUGGAGCCGGAGGUGGUAUGCCAGGUGGCAUUGACUACAGCAAAAUCUUAAAUGAUCCUGAAUUAAUGGCAGCAUUUAAAGAUCCUGAAGUAAUGGCUGCCCUGCAAGAUGUUAUGAAAAACCCUGCGAAUCUAGCGAAACACCAAGCGAACCCGAAGGUUGCUCCGCUUAUUGCAAAAAUGAUGAGCAAGUUUGGUGGGCCCAAGUGAAGAAUGUAUACAUGAGAGGUAUUUUGGUAUUCAUUUCCGUUUGGUAUUUUAGGUGGAUAUUAUGCUGCUGUCUCUCAUUUGUUUGUUGGUUUCGGUGUGUUGGAAUUGAUGAAUGACACCUCUUUAAAAGCUUUCAUAUGUCAUAUGCCUUUACCUCAUUGUAUUUGGUAUAUUCGAGUCUUUGUUAGUUGAAUCAAAGCAAGGCAGAUUAGUGUUUUUU